UGCGGCAAGAAGAUGUUAAAAUUUUUUUUUAAAGAAUCGGAGAUUGAUCUUGCUAAGUGCAAUGAACAUAAUAAAACGUUAAUAAAAGCUGUUCUUUGUCGUGAGCAUGAACAUCACAACAAAGUUAUAUGUGAGGACUGUGUAAAUGAAUGUAAAUGUGAGCUUCACAAAGAAGAAAAGAUAACGGAGUUUACAAAAUAUUCUAGUAGUAAUGAAAUUGAUAAAAAAGUAGUUGAACACCUUUCAAAAAGUCAUUAUCAUAAAUUGUACCUUCUUUCAAAACUAGGAAGAAAAAGUGAGGCACUAAAUAAAGACACUUCAACUCAACAAACAGCGGCAAAUACUGAAAAUGAAGAAACGCUUUUAUGUAAAGCAAUAAGUAAAGCCGUUCGUCUUGAAAUUAGGUUCACAAAAGAAAUCAUGCCAUUUAUUGUAAAGGAAAAAAAGACAUCUUCUGAGAAGAAUGUUUAUUACUGGAAAGUGAAAUGUCUACUUCGAUCUUUGAAACUCACGGAUUUAGAAAAGCCAGGGACCAGUACCGACAUCGAGUAUUUAGAGUAUUUAAAACGGUUUGAGGAAUUCAUAUACACAAAUGAUAUUUGUGUCAGGACUGCAGAUAAAAUAAUACGAGCUUAUAUCCACGACACGGCAAAGUCACCAUUGACCGGAAAGGUUAUUUCACGUUUGAAAAAGAAAAUGAAUAAAACAAACAUAGAGUUGACUGUAUGCGAAGAAAUCUCUUACAUAGCAGAUGAAUAUGAGCCAAUAAUUGUAGUAUGUCUACUUGACACCAGAUAUGAUUCAAAUAUUUGUUACGCACUGAGUUGUGUAAAAGCUAUUGAUAACCGACGGAUUGGAUUCAUAUCCGUGCACUGCAAGUCAAAUGAUGCCAGAAUUGAGGAUUAUACAGAAAAAGUAACAGCGAAUAUAGAUGGAAAAAAUUACAAAGACUUAGGAACGGUGAUAGAUUGGUACGAGGACCAAAAUAAUUCACAGGAAAAGUUCUGUGUCGACAAAAUUAUUUCAUUUUUAGAAAGAUAUCUCCCUGACAAAGGCAAAGAUUUUUGUCAAUCAAAAUGCGCCAACUUAGAUGAUGAACAACCUAAAACAGAAACACUUGUAUAGAGGGGAAAUGGACAAUGCUACCCCAGCUGAAAACUACAUAUGAAACUUUCUCAAUCGCACAAAAGUACAUCCGUUUUCAAAUCAUGUAGAAAUCAUUUUGUUUUUGCCUAUUUCACAUAAUAUUUUUACAAGCUUAGAAUCAGACUAUAAACAAUGCAGCUAGUAAAUAUGUACAUUUAACCUAAAAUUCAAUUGUUCAGCUGCACAAUACUUCCAAUUAACCUAAAAGAUCAUCAGCGAUAUUCUUUUACAAACAAUACAAUAAUGUUAAACCAUAUUUUGAUAAUUAGAUGCCAACACAUUUCCUUGUGAAGCAAAAGUAAUUUUCAACAAUAUGUCGAUAAAACGAAAAAGUACGAAACAAAAUAAAAUACCAUUUUUCAAUAUAACAAUUCACCACAUAACUAUAGGCCCUUACAUAUAGAAUACAUUAUAUUUUUAAUAAAUCGUUGUAAAGUACAUAUUAUUGAUAUCAUUGACUUAUAGGUUUUUAAACGCCAGACACCAAUACUAUUUACGCUUAGUAUGACCAUAUUUCAAUUUAACACUGGAAAUCAUUUUAUAAAAAGGGUAUGCAAAAUGA